AUGCAUACCAUUCCUCAGAGAUCCCUCUCCCAAUCAUCCACCACUUCCUCGCGCUCCAAUCAGUCCCAGAAGUCCUUGAGACUCGCAAACAGACUGUCUUCGAAGAUCUUCCGCUCCAAGUCUCCGGCCCCAAUCAACAUCCCCAAGACCCGGACAGACAUCCCACGCAGCAACCCCGAAGCUUCAUACUUCCCUCAGAGCUACUCCAGCCCAACAAGCAUGUCGCCCUCAACUUCAUCUCCUCAGUCUCCCAAAGCAGACUACGAGGUCAAGCGCGCUUCCACGCCGACUCGCAAGAGCAGCGGCGAUUACAAGCGCUACAGCGGAACAGUCAACCACUACGGCCGACACUCGAAUGACUGGCUCUUCGGUGGUUUCAGUGUCCGCGACUCUGUCCGCGAUGGCAUCGAGAAGCUCCGUCACUCCGAUAAGGAGAGCUGA